AUGAAUAGAAUUCAGCAUGAUUGGAAUACAUUCAAAGAUGAAAGAGAAUGCGAGGUUAUACGCUAUCAUACCAUAAUCGGAAUGCGAUACACAAUAGUUUUCUUCGCUUUUCUCUUGCCACUUACGUUUAGCUUUAUUUUGGGUUUUUAUUUACCGAGCUUUCUUGAUUUUGUCCAUCCCUUAAACGAAUCUCGUUCGAGGAAAUUGCCUCUCUUAGCGGAAUAUGGUAUUCUCGAUGAACAGAAAUAUUUUUAUUCUAUUCUGAUGCAUCAAUCAUUAUCAAUCGCGCUAGGCCUAAUAACAAUAGUUGCGACUUCAUCAUUAAAUAUGUUAUACCUUUUACAUGCUUGUGGACUAUUUGAAGUGACUAGGGAUGCACUGGAUCGUAAAAUUAUCGGAUACUGGAUAUCGGAUAUCCAAAAAGAAUGUGAUACUGGAUAUCCAAUAUCCAAUAUAGUAAUUAUCCGGCUGAAUCUCGAAUAUUUUCCGAGAUAUCAGCUAAUCGAGGCUGUUUUAGCAAUGAAUGAUUUUGCGGAAUUAAUAGCAUCUGGCUCUUUUAGUGGAGGCCAGUAUGCUUUUUUGUUUUUCGUCAAUUAUUUUGGACAAAAACUAACAGAUCGUAGUAUUCUUAUGUUUAAUGAAGUGUACGAUAUACCAUGGUAUGCAGCACCCGUGCAUAUUCAAAAACUUUUCAUAUUUAUACUACAAAGAACAGUAAAAGGUUAUGUGCUCAAUAUUGGUGGUAUAAUUAUGGCGUCGUUGGAAAGUUUUGCAUCGAUAAGGUAUCUUAUGGAUUGUGUAGAAGAAGAUUGGAAUAUGCUUAAAGAUAAAAAAGAAUUAGAGAUCAUAGAGAGAUAUACUUGUAUUGGAAUACUGGGUUUUGUGGUUAUGUUAAGUACUUCUUUCUUACCAUUGAUACCAAGCAUCCUCGAUAUCAUUACACCAUUGAAUGUAUCGCGUCCACGACAACUUCUAUUUCCAGGAGAGUACUUUGUCGACCAGCAAAAGUUUUUUUAUGUGAUUUUAUUGCAAGUAGACGUUACUAUAGGUUUAAUAAUUACCACUUUGAUAGCCACGGAAACGUUGUAUGUAACAUAUAUACAACAUGUUUGUGGAAUGUUUCAAAUUGCCAGUUAUCGAGUGGAUCAAGCAUUUAAUGACAAGCUAUUACAAGGAUACACAUCUGAAAAGCAAGCAAUUAUCAUUUGCAAACGGAUAAUUGAGGCUGUACACAUUCAUAAAAGAGCUCUCGAGUUGCUUUCUCGGCUAAUAACAACCGAGGCAUAUGGGGAUCUAAUAACAACUCUUCUAUUUGUUCUUGGCCAUUUUUGGUACUUGUUCUUCUGCAACUAUGUGGGACAAGAGAUGAUCGAUCAUAGCAGUGAUAUUUUUCAUAAAACAUACAACGUACAAUGGUACAUGGCGCCGUUGAAAGUGCAAAAGUUAUUAUUGUUUGUAAUGCGAAGAAGCGUGCGAUGUUGCACGUUCAUGAUUGGCGGCUUGUUCAUUCCGUCGUUAGAAGGAUUCGCCACGCUUACAAGCAUGUCACUUUCGUAUUUUAUGGUAAUUUAUUCCAUCCAAUGA